UCUGAUGGCUUCGGCACGGGCAGGAAGAUCACUGCGCGGCAGAAAACGACGGCGAGUUAACAAGAUGUGGCCAGUCCCAUGGAUAAAACAAUAGAGAAAACCCUCUUCCAUUUUGUCUAGCACCCUGGUAUCGUUCUCAUGCCUAGGUCGCAAUGUGGCUCAUGGUGGGCUUAGUGUGUUGCCUUGUGUUUGGGGGGCUGCCCUUGGCUCUCGCCUCCUGCCCUUCCCAAUGUAGCUGCGCUUUCCACAGUAUCAACGAAGGGACGAAAGCAAGAGCAGUUCUCUGCAAUGACCCAGAGAUGACUCUCACACCCGUGAACUUCCCCGCGGAUACAUUUAAACUCCGGAUAGAAAAGACAGCCAUCCGUAGAGUCCCUGGGGAGUCGUUCCAUUCCCUCCGCAACCUGGAAUUCUUGUGGAUGCCCUAUAACUCUUUGGCAAGUCUCACUGUGACCAACUUCCGGGGUCUCCGCCGAUUGCAAGAGCUGAGGCUGGAUGGGAACGCUCUGACCUCCUUCCCCUGGGAAGCCCUUCUGAGCAUGUCCCAGCUGAGGCUGCUGGAUCUGCACAACAAUGAACUUGCCUCUCUCCCAGCUGAAGCUGCUCAGUACAUCCGGAACAUCACUUACCUAGAUAUCUCGAGCAAUAAACUGGUGACGCUUCCUCAAGAACUCAUCGCUGUUUGGUCGAACCUCCAAGCAGUUCCAUACUUCCCCAAUGACAAUUCUAAGAUCAUCUUAGGUUUGCAGGACAAUCCUUGGACGUGCGACUGCAGCCUCUAUGAAAUGGUCCACUUCCUCAACUUCCAGUCCCCCAAUGUAGCGUUCAUUGAAUCCAGACUGAAAUGCUUCACUCCCCGGAGCUUGGCCGGAGUUUUCUUCAGCCAGGUUGAACUGCGGAAGUGUCAGAGUCCCGUCGUGCACACAUCCGUCGCCAAAGUGAGGACCAUACUGGGAAGCACUGUGCUUCUGCGCUGCGGCACCACGGGAGUGCCCAUUCCUGAGCUAAGCUGGAGGAGGGCUGAUGGAAACCCUCUAAAUGGCACAGUGCACCAAGAAAUUUCCAGCGAUGGAAUGAGCUGGUCUAUUCUAGGCUUGCCUGUCGUUUCUUACCUUGAUUCUGGAGAAUAUAUAUGCAAAGCAAAAAACUUCCUUGGAGCAACAGAAGCUUUCAUCUCCCUUAUCAUCACUGACUCAGAAAGCACAGAUGACCCCACCACAAACUCAAAAGGGACAUGGAAUGGAAAAGUGAGUGGGAUGGAAGCAGCGGCUUACAACGACAAUUUGGUAGCCAGGUACGUGAUCACCACGUCAACUUCCCCUACCAUGGGUGCUCGGUCCAUUCGUGCCAACACAGAAGGGAACCUGGCACUUCGAGAUCAGGCACUAAAUAUGAUCAACAACCCAAGAAAUCUCUUAGCGAGUCCGCCUACUGCCCAACAGGAGCCAGAGCGCAUUGUGAGGUCUGUCAGAGUCAUAGGAGAUACCGAUCACAGUGUCUCCUUGGCAUGGAAAGCUCCGCAAGCCAAGAAUACGACCGUCUUCAGCAUCCUUUAUGCAAUCUUUGGAGAAAGGGAUAUGCGUAGAAUUAACGUGGAGCCAGGUAAGACCAAGAUCACUAUCAAUGGCUUGAUGCCGAAGACCAAAUAUAUAGUGUGUGUCUGUGUGAAAGGGCUGAUUCCCAGGAAAGAGCAGUGCAUCAUCUUUUCCACGGAUGAAGUAGCCAGUGCAGGUGGAACCCAGAAACUUAUCAACGUUGUGGUCAUCAGCGUGGCCUGCGUCAUUGCCGUCCCUCUGACGUUAGUGGUGUGUUGCGGGGCGCUGAAACGGCGCUGCAAAAAAUGUUUCACCCGGAAACCCAAGGAAAUCCAGGACUCUUACGUCACCUUUGAAAGCCUCUCUCCAGGCGCCAAAGCCAAAGGAAUGGAAGGGGAAUACUUGACUAGACACACACCCGACGAAUCCAAUAGGUUGCUCUCUGCCAGGUCGAGUGUGGACUCAGAAGCAAUACCAAAGGCAGAGGGACAGCCGAAUGAGUACUUUUGCUGACAUUGAUCUGUUAGUGUGCAAAGCGAUUGCGCUUACACCACUAUUGGACAGUGCAGAAACGGCAUGACUUUGAAGACUCACAUGUCACAAGUAUUGUCUUGAUAUAUUUGUCAAAAGAACAAUGGACAGCUCUACCUGGACUGUGUUCCCCUCACACUUCAACAGCGAAAAGUCUAUGUGUGCAUUUGCUGAGACCUUCCCCCUGCCAAUCCAGUCCAGAACUGAGUGGAGUACUUAUUGAAUCUAUCCUGAGAAGAUUUCAUUUUUAAUUUUUGUCUGUUGGGGCAUGCAGGAAGGAUAGAAGUGGACAUUGUAGGUUAUUAGGACCCAGCAGAUGAUGGCUGGAUUCUAGUUUCCUGGGACUCCAGAAAGGGAGUGGGUGUGAAAAUGUUUAGGCUGAGGGGAUGGAUGAUGAGUGGGUAUAUUUAUAUGCAAAGAAGCAGAUUGAUAUGGGAAAGGUAGAUGAUGCAAAAAGGAAGAACACCCACCCACCACUGAAAAAUAGAAAGAAAAUGUGGGAAAUGACUCAGGUGCAGAAUAAAGGUUAUAAUAUUAUUAAGUACAAAAAGUCUGAUCAAGGACAAAAUGAAAUGUGAACACAUUUAGAAUAACACUCAUCUUCAGGGAAUCAGUUACAACUAUUCUCCUGUUAAAAUACAAAGUAAAGGAGGAGACAACUUAUCAAGGACUCACAAGAGAUGACGACCAAAGGCUUCAUCUAGGUGAAUACUUUAAAGCAAAGGUAGACAAUGUGAUGCUCUCUAGAUGCUGUUGGGCUCUAACUUCCAUCAAGUUCUAUCAUGACCAGUGGUCAGUGAAUCAAAGCAGUUGCAGUCCAACAACAUCGGGAGGGAACCACAAUGACUACCCCUGCCUUCAAGUAUCUGUCUAGUCCCAAAUUCUCUCACCACUCCUGCUCCUAAUAACUGCGUGGUUUCCUGGAAGGAAUUUGUGAUCAAAGAUUAGGGAAGGAAGAAGGAUGGAUAGUGGGAAUGUCCCCCAAGCAGUCUAGGCCUAUGGUUCCCUUUGCAAAAUAAACA